GGUGCGGAUAAAAAGAGGGCAGGGAGGUGAAGUGAAGAGAAAACAAACCUAAGACUCAGAGAUCAGAAUGUAUGAUCGUCACUCCGAUUCCGAUUCCAAGCGACGCCAUUCUAGAUUCGGUUCAGACCCCAACAAGAGAUAUAGAAGGGAUGAAUAUGGAAAAGAAGAAAGAGAGAGAGUGAUGAGUAGAACUAAUGUUCAAAAUGAAGCUCCUUUCUCUAAGCACAACAAACCAAAUGAUCCUAUUCAACUUCCAUCAUCUCUCUCUUAUUUUCAGCACGAUGAACGAGAUGGCACUGGGCAGGUUGGCCUAAGCUCUGUUUCAAGGAAAGCCAGUGAGCGUGGAUGGUGGAAGGACACAAAGAAACAGCUUAAUGAAAUGGAACAGACAAGUCAUGGUAGAGAGCAGAGAAAUGAGAAAUCACAAGCUAAACUGGAUGAUAAUACUUUCCAGAGAAGAGAUGGUUUUACUGAAAGGUCGAGGAAAAGACCUGCAUUUAGAGAGAAGAAGAUUGUAGUGGAUUCGGGUGAUGCUAAUGUGGCUGCAGUAAAGUCAAGCCAGAAGGAGGAAAGAAACAGCAAUCCACAGCAUUUGGAUAGACCUGAGAAGCAUUUUGCAGAUGACAAGGGUGAAGCUAGGAGAGGGAGAAGGUAUGGGGGCAAUGACAGUUACAAGGGAAGAGAUAAAUUUAAUGGAAGACGAGGUUAUCGUUCUGAGAAGUGGAAGCAUGAUUUGUAUCAAGAGGUAAAUAAGGAUCCCAUUCCACAGAAUGAGGAUGACCAGAUUGCAAAGCUGGAAGCACUCUUGGCUUCAUAAUAGCUAACAGCAACCAAUAUCAUGCGUGUGUAAUUUAUUAUAAGCAUGCACUGCUCUAAGUUGCUGAGUUCGUCUCUUACAAUAUAUCAAGUUAUCACCAUCUUCAACAUGCCAGGGAUGUUGAGCAGAACAACUGUCAGUUUUAGAAGAUGCAAACUGGAUUCAAUUGAGGCAGGCAGGUUUUAAAAUUGGAAUGGAGGACAGAGCAAUUUGCAAUUGCAAUAAAGCAUUUUUGCUUGUUUUAGACAAUUUCUAGUUUGCAAAUUAUCUACAUGUCUAUGAUUUUUAUUUUGGUCAAUUUAUGUACAUACCACUAUAAAUGUGGCUGAGCUGAAUUGGAAAAGAGAGUCUCACAGUUGCAUGAACGCAAACCAGGUAAAGACCUUUACAACUAGGGAAAAAAAAUUUAGUCAUUUUAGGAUCAAAUAUCUACUUGAUCGUCGGUUAUGGACAUCACAUAUGUGAAAGUAAAAAGAUUAUGCGAGUAGAUUUUUAAACUUUUAA